UCAUUUCUCGAUCUAUGCGUGUCGUCAUCAUCCUUGGGCGGUAAUUCUCUGUAUCGUUUGACAAUGGCCGAAAACCAGAACAAACAGUUUACAGAACGCUGCUGUGUCUCUUCCGCAUACAACUCCAAUAUCAAAGCCAAUGCUGAAUAUUCUCAGGAUUAUCUCCCCAGAUAUUCUUCACAUAUUCCAUCAUUUUUUCCGAUUUACACAGAAAUGUUUCCGAUUAUCCAUAAUCAGUUACAGAGAGACGCCUUCGCGUAUUUUGAUUGUGUGUGAUUCCACUAAAGACCGGAGUAUUCAUGAGUUUAGUAAGACGAUUCGUCAAAUCCGGAUGUGCGGCGGCAUCGUGCAUCCCGGAGAUACAAUUAGGGUGUUUGGGGUGCUUCAUAGAGUCUUGCAUCCCAUGGGUUAUUUUAUGGGAGUGGCUCCUGAGAAUUUCCUUGGAACAACGCAUGCCCGUGCAGUGGAAGAAGAGGUCUCGAAAAAGGUCGAUAUGUACGUGAGCAUGCUCCAGUACAGUGCUGAACAAUGUGAAGGAGAUAGGGUUGACAUUGAGGUUAAGAUCACUGCUGGAACUCCACUAAGGAAGGCUAUCAUAAAUGAAGUAGCUACUUCUAAUGCUACCUGGGUUAUAUUUGAUAGGCCUCUAAGAAAGGAAUUGAGGUACUACCUCAAACACAUUCCUUGCAAGGCUGCCAUUGUGCUUGAUAACUUUUCGGUGAAAAUUUUGAUAAACGGGUAUUCCAAUAAAGAAGCUGAGCAUUUCGACAACAAGCAGUUUUACUCGCUUUCCAAGCCUGUCCCGCUACCACCAGUUAGCGAUAGUGAGAAUGAGCAGCUAGUCAAUACUAUGAACUAUCAUAGAUCUAUGGAAAGCUCUGAUUUAACUUCCAAGGAGGAGAGCAUUGUCUCCCUAAGUGAGACUUGGUCAGGUCCCAAGCAAGAGGACUCAGGUAAUACUAGACAGAUUAUGGAAUAUUAUGCCCCAAUAAUCUCAAAUCAAAAGAGAAGGCCGAGUCGAAAUAGAUACUCUGAUGUACCUGUGCUCUGUGUUACUUGUGGAUUGAAGACGGAGCUGGAUGCAGUAAGAUAUAAUUAUCCCGAGAUUAAGCUUGCAACCAACAAUUUUUCACCUGAUAAUUUACUAGGCGAAGGUGGAUAUGGCCAUGUAUAUAAAGGUGAACUUAAGGAUGGACAGCAUAUUGCUGCAAAGGUGCGAAAGGAAGCAAGUACACAAGGGUUUUCAGAAUUUCAUUCUGAAAUAUUCGUCCUCAGCUUUGCACGCCAUAAGAACAUUGUGAUGCUUCUUGGUUAUUGCUGCAAGGAGAACCUUAACAUCUUAGUCUACGAGUACAUCUGCAAUAAAUCACUGGAAUGGCAUUUAUUUGAAAAUACGAAUCAUGUUCUGGAAUGGCACAAACGACAUGCUAUUGCCAUUGGAACUGCCAAAGGGUUGCGCUUUUUACAUGAAGAGUGUCGGGGAAGUCCUAUAAUUCACCGGGACAUGAGACCAGGCAAUAUACUGCUGACUUGUGACUUUGUCCCUAUGCUGGGAGACUUUGGCCUCGCAAAGUGGAAGACUGAUGAGGGUGAAAACCGUGAAAUACAAACAAGAAUUCUAGGCACUCUUGGAUAUCUUGCACCAGAGUAUGCAGAAAACGGAAUUGUCUCGGUACGAACAGAUGUUUAUUCAUACGGUGUUGUUCUGAUACAACUGAUCUCUGGACGCAAGGCAGUGGAUUCCAAGAGAGCAGACCAGCAACCAUCACUUAGACAAUGGGCAUUACCUCUAAUCGAGAGACUUGCAUUACAUGAGCUUGUUGAUCCUUGUCUCGGUGAAACGUACAACACAUACGAGCUGUACAGGAUGGCUAAAACAGCAUAUUUAUGUCUCCAAACUGAACCUGAGAGGAGACCAUCAAUGGCAGAGGUGCUGCACCUUCUUGAGGGGGAUAUUGAUCAUUUUAGCCACUUGACAGGGCAGUUUAUACCGGACUAAUAGUAGGUGAUGCCGUGAUGGAAGCAUGUCGGCUAGGCCGUUGUUCUACGCCACGACUGCUGACGAUGCAUACCUUUUUGUAUAUUGAAUGUAGGCUGCUGUUUACCCUAUACUAUGUGAGCGUUACUAAAAUGUUGCAAUAUAAUUAGGUUAAUAACAGGCGUAGGAAAUUACUCUUAGAAUUUGAAUCAGAUACACACAUUUUCUAGCUCUUA